AUGCUGGCUACGCAGUUCCUUUUCUCCCGUUUCGCGCCGAAGUCUCACGCUUACAGCAUCCUUGUCCUCCUUAAAAGUUUCAUCCUUGCCAUGGUGCCUGUCGUUUUUCAAGCUGGCGUUGUUCUACAGUCUUGCUUCCUGGGCUUUGCGAUAGCUCUGUUUAUGAUGCACCAACAAUACGUUCGUCCUUGGAAGAGUGAGACAGCCAAUCAAAUGGACGGUCUCUGCAGCGUGACGCUGCAGCUGCUGCUGCUCUGCGGCGCACUUGCCUCACCCAUCGACAGCUCGACUACCGAUGAGCUGCGCAUUGUUGGCACUGGUGUCUUCGUCUUCCUGGUUUUGGUUCUGGGGGCCAGCGUUGCUGUGAGCCUCUACCGGGUGUGCGUGCCGGGCCCACGCUACAAGUGGUUCAUUUGUCACCACAAGGCGCGGGAAUGGUUCUUGUAA